GAGACGUGUCAGAGAUCCUGGAAACUAGCUGAUGACACAUCAUGUCUAUACACAACAAAGAGGUCGGAAAUCGUACAGCAUUUGGACUGCGUUGUCACGGAAAUAUACUCUUCCUCCGCGUAAACCAUACGGUUUAACAUCACGCAAAACAUCCUUUCUGCACUUUAACAACCAUUUCCUAUUGAUAGAGGUACAAAUUCCCCCUUCCCUGAUCAUUUGAGAAGAGGGCGGGUCCAUGACGUCAUGACGUCGCGUUCGGAUUGUUUACCGUCUGAGCGUGAGGGGGUCGCUGAUGGCUCAAGACGUUCACACUGUAAACACACUGAAUCUCUGCACCCUCCGCUCCAGAAAUACUCGCACAGUACCUAACCGCUGCGAAAACAUACUGUGACAACCGCUCGCUCUGUGGAGACUUGGAAAAACACUCGCCGCUGGUUUACUGUUUUUACGGCCAGCGACGCUGGAACUGCCUCCGAUAUCGGAACAUGGAGCCGCCUGACGAGCGUCCGAACCAACGAUGCUUAUGUUAGCACAGCUACCUAGCAGCCUGUUUCAGCUGAAGAGGAGACGGGUAUCAGUUUGUUGUCUUUAAACGUGUGUCGUUGGUUGCACAACUGACAGCUUCGAGUUCGUUACGGAUGUCAAAAGGGCGAGAGAUACGUCUCUAUCUAAUGUAAACAGCCCGCAGUCUCCUUAGCUUGUUAGUUAGCAGCUGCUGUUAUUGUCAGUCAUAGCUGGAAGUAGCACAGUUAAGCUAGCCAGCGUUAUCCCCAGUAUUGCGGCUGAAUGGGGUGGAGUUGGAAGUAGAAAUUGCAGUGCCAGUUGCCAGUUGAGGAAGACGGUAUCAGACAAAAUGAUGUUGAGGAGUUGCUGGAAAUCUCGACAUAAAAAGAGCUGUGGACCUGCCUCAUGUUGGAUCCGACCAGGGUUGGCAGCCCUGCUCUGGUUAUGUGUGACCCAGUUUAUUUGCGGCAGUGAGGCGGUGGGGGAGACCAAAAAUGUAGUCCAGAAAGAUGCAGAGUUUGAUAUCACCUACAAUGACACGGUUACAAGCGAGAACCAGACCAUCUAUGCUUUCAACCACACUGUUUCCAGGAAUAAGACGGAGGGAGUGCGAGUGUCUGUGGAUGUGUUGUCACAAGGUUUCGAGAGUCCGAUCCUGUUUGUGGUUCGACAGAAGCAAGCCGUGCUGUCUUUUCAAGUCCCCCUCAUACUAAGAGGCCUCUACCAGAGGAAGUACCCUUACAAUCAUUUGGGCCGGACAUUGUGCCAGCCUCCGACCCGGGCUGCCUCCGAGACCCAGUACUUCUUUGUGGACGUGUCUACCCUGUCCAGCCAGGGUACCAACUACCAGCUCAGGGUCAGCCGCGUUGAAAGCUUCACCCUACAGACAGACAAGAAAUUCAGCUUCAUUGCUUCACCAUCCCAACCUCAGUACUUCAAGUAUGUCUUCCCGGAUGGGGUGGACACUGUGAUUGUUAAGGUUAACUCAGACAUGACCUUCCCCUGCUCCGUUAUGUCCGUCCAGGACAUCCAGUGCCCUGUCUAUGACCUUGACAACAAUGUGGCCUUCAUCGGGAUGUACCAGACUAUGACCAAAAAAGGCGCAAUCACUGUGCAGAGAAAAGAUUUUCCCAGCAACAGUUUCUAUGUGGUAGUAGUGGUAAAAACAGAGGAUGAGGCAUGCGGCGGUCCGCUGCGUUUCUACCCUCUCCGUCCUGAUGAGUUGAUCGAUGCUGGCAACCGCACCAAGGUCAUUGAUGUGGUAGUCUCCCCUGCUAUUAACUCGGAGGUGUAUGUGAUGGGUAUGCUGUUCUGUCUGGGUAUCUUCCUCUCCUUCUACCUGCUCAUCUUGCUGGUGGCCUGUCUGGAGAACAGGCGAAUGAAGAGGAGAGAGGUGUUUCUGAAUCCUGCUGACAUGUCGCCUGCUGAGACAGCCUCUCUGCUUGGGAAGAACGGAGAUGGCAAGACUCCAGCCUCACCAUACGAAUACGGCUCCUUUGCUGACAAUGGCAGCACCCUCAGUUCAGAGGCCAUCACUGACAGCGCCACAUCAACAGACAACAAUUAUGGAUACAUGGGACAGGAGCCUUUCAAACGCCGCCCAAUCCUCAGUCACCUUCACCACAUAGCCAUCCGCAUUGAGCGAUCGUUGGACAGUGUUGGACGAAGCAGGCAGGAGUCUCUGAGCUCCGUGGAGGAGGAUGACUACGACACACUGGAGGAUAUUGACUCGGACAAAAACAUUGUCCGCACAAAAAAAUUUCUCUGUGUUUCUGACUUGGCUCGCAAAGACAAGAGGAUCCUCAGCAAGAAAUACCAAAUCUACUUCUGGAACAUUGCUACUAUUGCUGUGUUCUACGCACUGCCGGUCAUCCAGCUGGUCAUCACCUACCAGACGGUGGUCAAUGUCACAGGAAACCAGGACAUCUGCUUCUACAACUUCCUGUGCGCCCACCCCCUGGGAGCUCUCAGUGCGUUCAACAACAUCCUCAGUAACCUUGGUUACGUGAUGCUGGGACUCCUCUUCCUCCUUAUCGUGCUCAAAAGAGACAUCGUCCACAAUCGCGCCCUGGUCCGCAACGAUCUCAAUGCUCUAGAAUGUGGUAUCCCAAAGCAUUUCGGUCUGUUUUAUGCUAUGGGAACUGCUCUGAUGAUGGAAGGCUUGCUCAGUGCCUGCUACCAUGUCUGCCCCAACUACACCAACUUCCAGUUUGACACCUCAUUUAUGUACAUGAUUGCUGGACUUUGUAUGUUGAAACUGUAUCAGAAGAGACACCCAGACAUCAACGCAAGUGCUUACACCGCCUACGCCUGCCUGGCUGCGGUCAUCUUCUUCUCUGUGCUUGGAGUGGUAUUUGGGAAAGGAAACAUGGUCUUCUGGAUCGUUUUCUCAGUGAUCCACAUUCUGGCCACUCUCCUCCUCAGCACACAGCUCUACUACAUGGGCCGCUGGAGGUUCGAUUCUGGGGUGCUGCGCCGGAUCGUGUACGUCAUCUACACGGACUGCAUCAGACAGUGCAGCGGACCUAUGUACAUUGACCGAAUGGUUCUGCUUGUAAUGGGGAACAUAGUCAACUGGUCUCUAGCGGCGUACGGCCUCAUAGAGAGACCAAACGACUUUGCCUCCUACCUUUUGGCCAUCGCCAUUUGCAACCUGCUGCUCUACUUUGCCUUUUACAUCAUUAUGAAGCUGCGGAGUGGUGAGAGAAUCAAAUGUCUACCGUUGGUGUGUAUUCUCUUCACGGCUGUGGUGUGGGGCUUUGCACUGUAUUUCUUCUUCCAGGGUCUCAGCACCUGGCAGAAAACCCCAGCAGAGUCUCGUGAGCACAACAGGGACUGCAUCCUGCUUUCAUUCUUUGACGAUCAUGACAUUUGGCACUUUCUCUCCUCCAUCGCCAUGUUUGGAUCAUUCCUGGUCCUCCUCACCAUGGACGACGACCUUGACACCGUCCAGCGAGACAAGAUCUUCGUCUUCUAGAUCUUCUGUGAUGAGCUAAGCUCUUCUCUCUGCCUUAUCACUUCUUCGUCUCUUUCCGUUUGCGUCCCCAUCAUGUUCUUUAAGGAAAAAAAAAAAAGCACAGCCAGUAGCUUGUUUGUCCUCAGGCUGUAAGGGGGGCAUCUCUCUACCUAUCACAGCCAAUCAGCCAGUCCGGGAAGGGCAUUAACCCCUCCUUCCAUCUGUAUGGACACAAAAUGUGCCAAUGAAGAGCUGCGUCGACGUCGAGUGAUGCUGAAGUGUUUUGUCCUCUCGCUGCCAUCAUCAAUAUAACUGUUGUGAUCGAUGUUUACUUACAGCUGGCAAAUGAAGAUAGCAACAUACACACUUGCUUAAAAAAAAUUAUACGAUUUAACUUAUUUUAUACUGUCCGCAUUACAUCUGACCUGCAAGUCAACAAUGCAUUUUGAAAUUACUGUUUGUAUGCUGUUUAUAUGCCGUGCGAGUGUUUGUACAGGUGUGAGUGUGUUUACAGAGAUAAACGUGAGAACAUGAAAUCUGUCCAGUCUGUCAGUGGCCUUUUAACAUUCUAAUCAUGUUAGUCACAUACUGUGCUCUGAUUGGUCAGAUCCUCUCGCCCGUCCUUCUCGUUGGAGAAUCAAAUGAUGAUGAUUGUAUUUCCUUCUCGACUGCCCGCAAGUCUGAAUGCGAAGAGUUUUUUGCACUGUACUGUAUGAAAAAUCUGAUUUUAACGUCGAACAUUGCAAUGAGCGGUUACUGAAUAAAAGUUUCAUUUUCAGAUA